UCUAAUGUAAGAUCGUAAGUAAAUGUUCCCACGUUGAAAUAAAGUGACAGUGACGUUCCAAUGACAAUUCAAUAAUUUUAAUGGUACCUAGAAGUGGGUACCAAUUUUAACCAUAUGGAUACAGAGGGUUCGCGAGAGUUAGAUGCGGAAUUUCAAAGAAUCCUUCAUAUUAUUAAACCUUAUAUACCACGUGUUAAGAACAUCCCUUACUUCACAUCGUAUGUAUCAUGGCUGCAGAAACUUCGGAUGGUCGAUAGUCAAGAUAAAGAAGAAAGAAAUAAAUACGUAGCCGCGCUAUGUCAACAAAUUCAGGCAGGAGUUUUAGAAUUUCCUUUCACAGAGUUUCCAGAUGACGGCCCUUUGGCACCCUUUAAGAUUAGCGAUGCCAGAGCCCAACAGGGCCCCACUGAUCUAAAACACUAUCAACAAAAUAUCCACUUCAAAGAAAUGUUGAAUGCAGAACAAGCAGACAUUCGCGUUGCACACAAAAAACGCACUCCUUAUACAAUUUCGCAAAACCUCCCCAUCGGCUUUCCCACUGUGAUGAAGUGCGUCAAUUUGUCUAACGGUUUAGAGACUACGACCAUUAAUCCAAUGUUAAAGAACAGUAACAAAAAAGACGACGAUGAUGAGUCCUGGUGCGACAUUAGUGACGGAACGAGUACCACCAUCACACUGGAAGAGUUACACAUUACACCUCCCGUUACUCCAGGGAAUAAUGUGCAGGAAGUGUACGAGAACAAAAUUACCGAACUGAUGAAGAUCAUUAACGACUUACAAAAGCAAAAUUUGAAACUUGGCGCAGUCGUCGCUGGGUAUGAAAGGGAUAUUAAUAUACGUAAUACUACGGCGGAAAGGAGCAUACACAACUUGGUGGAAGAAAUAAAUUCGUUGAGGAGUAAACUUCAGGAGCAGAGUGACGUAAAAGCCGUAUUGAAAAGCAGCCAAUCACUGGCAGAUAAUCACUGGAAAGGAAUUGUGACCUCAUUAACCAGUGACGUUAAAGAAUCUCAACAACAAAAUGAAAUAUUAAGAGAGGAAAUGAACGAGUUAGAAAAGCGACUAGAAGAAAGUAUGACUAAUAAACAAAGAUUGUUGAUCGCACAUGAGAAGGAAAUUGAGGAUUUGAAGCAAAGCCACAAAAAAGAGAAAACGGAGCUGGAGCAUCAAUUUUACGAAAAAGUUAGCAAACUAAUAACAGACCACGACUGUAAAAUUGAGGAUGUUAAGACAAAUUACGAAAGAAACGUCCAGGACAAGGAUCGCGAAAUUGGAAGGUUGGAAGAUCUAAUCCAAGUUCAAUGUAAACGGAUGCACGAAGAAGUAAGUAAAAUUCGAACACAAAUCGAAGAAAACCAAAUUGAGAACCCAAACGAUAGUCUGGAGAAGAUAACCGUUCUUCAAAAAUGCAUAGCCAAAAUGGAUAGGCUGUUUAAAAAGACAGAAAGAAGCUUUAACAGGCAAAUAACCAAAUUGAAAACGGAAAUUGAAAUGCGAGACAAAAUUAUUCAGGUUCAGUUAUCGACCCAAAAAGCUAAAAUAGUGGCGAAUACGAAGAUGGAACGUCAGGCCGAAAUCGAUGCGACAAUUUUGCAGCUGGAAGAACGAUAUAAGCAUCUUUUGGAAUCGCAGAAGUCGUACUUUCUAUCGGAAAAGAAACAAGAUGCAACUUUAAUAUCAGGCUUGCGUGCGAUAAUGGCGCAAAAUAAUAUAGAGAGUGAUAUAUGAAAUAAAUUAUACAUUUUUAUAACUAC